CUCUUAUUACCAGAAAUAAUCAGUAAAUUAUAUUGUUUAGCAGGUUUUUGAAGCUUGAAUGAAAUUACAUGCAUCCCUUUGUUUCUGGUGAAGGACGGUGGGUGGUUUGUGUGUCCUAGGUCACUACGUCUAGACAGUCGUGUUUAUGGCUCGUUCCAGAGCUCCUUCGUCUUGCUUUGGAGCCAAAAAGCAAAGGUUGGAUGAGGAAUCAACAUCACGACCAUGCGUUCCUCGUAAUGGCCUUAGCACACCUGGGGUUGUUAGACGUGAAAUGUGUUACUUUUGCUUUGACGUCCUUCACAACCAUUUGCGUAAUAUUGAACCUCCCCCUGCCCCCAAGACAUUUCCAAACAGUUCUUAUCCGCUUUUCGUGACAUGGACGUACGGAAAAGAGGAAAAGCUGCGUGGAUGUAUAGGUACUUUUACUGCCAUGAAUAUCCAUAGCGGUCUUCGUGAAUAUGCGAUUAACAGUGCCAUCAAAGACAGUCGCUUUUCACCAAUAACAGAAGAAGAGUUUCCUCAUCUCACAUGUUCAGUCUCCUUGCUUUUGAAUUUUGAAGAGGGGAAAAACUAUCAGGAUUGGCAGUAAUCUGUACUUUCUUAUUGCCUAAAAUAGAUUGGUGUUCAUGGAAUUCGAAUUGAAUUUGUUAAUGAAAAGGGAUAUCAUCGCACUGCUACGUAUUUGCCUGAAGUUGCCUACAAACAAGGUGAGGCUCAAACUUUUUCUAACUUUGAGAGAUAGCUAAGUACUUUUGUUGCAUUUCAGUAAAAAGUCUCAAUCGAUUUAUUACAUGUUCUAGGGUUUAGCCGAUUUUGUAUGGUUAACGAUUCCCCUCCUGACUUUCUUAUUUUGCAAUAUACAAGCCACUACAUCCACGUCAUCUAUAGAUUAAUUGUUUAGGAAUGUUAAGAAUUUUACAUCUGUAGGUCGUAUCAGACAACGGUUGGAUGUUUGAAUAGAUCUAACAUCUUCAUCCUAAUAUUCAAAUGAAAUAAUCAAUUAUUACCGUUAUAACUUAUUAAUUAUGACCUGUAUUUUACUGAGCUGCUACCUUGACGCGGUGGUCGGGCUUGCCUUUCGUGAUGACCCAACCGAGCUAUAUUGGCUGGAAUUUAUGUUCCUGUAGAUUCUACCAUGCCAGGCAGGUCGAUUAGAGAACGGUAAGACUAAAAGCAGCAACUCAAGGUCUGAGGGCGAAGUCGUACUGCUGACUGUAGAGGGGUGUGACAGCAGUAAGGUGUUUCCCUCGGACAACCCGCAUCUGCAGCGAUGCUGCCUUCCCACAAGGAGGGGUGGGAUUAGAAAACGUCGACCCUAAAAAUGUCACACCUCACCUUACCUCACGGAUUUUCGUCUCCGGCUGUAAGGCCCUUUGAAGAACGGGGCCAACACAUUAAAAACCUUACACAGAAAGGCAGUGCGCGACCGGCCCCAAUCCCGUCCCUUGGGCUCUGCGGUCACGCUCCCAGGUCGUUAAGAUCAACACUAAUCCAAUUUCUUUUUCAGGUUCCUCAAGAAAUACCCUUUGACGGUGUGGGCGACCGGGA